CGGCGGACACGUUGAGGGGGAGUUGCCGAGCCCGGGCAGCAAAAACAUCCCGGCGCAUUCCUGGGGCGUCCGCGCCGGCCAGCAUCUGAUUAGAACCAUCUCCGCGGGAGUGGCCGGGCCGCUCCGCUCCGCUCCGCUCCGCUCGCCGCGGGUAUUUAAGCGGCCGCGGGCGGGCAGUCGGGCUCCGCGGGUCAUGCGCGCCGCGCCCCGGCCCUAGAGCUCGUGUGUGCCAUAGGUUAUGUUCAUCUGAGACUCGGUUGUCAGGGAUCACCUGGUGUCACUGAGUGUCUGCUGCUGCUGGGACUUGCUGCUUGCCUUCUUGCCAUGUCCAACGAAGUAGAAACAAGCACAACCAAUGGUCAGCCUGACCAGCAGGCUGCACCAAAAGCCCCAUCAAAGAAGGAAAAGAAGAAAGGCACUGAAAAAACAGAUGAGUAUCUUUUGGCCAGAUUCAAAGGUGAUGGUGUAAAAUACAAGGCCAAGCUGAUCGGGAUUGAUGACGUGCCUGAUGCUCGGGGGGAUAAAAUGAGCCAGGACUCUAUGAUGAAACUCAAGGGCAUGGCAGCAGCUGGCCGGUCCCAGGGACAACAUAAACAACGGAUCUGGGUCAACAUUUCCCUUUCGGGGAUAAAAAUAAUUGAUGAAAAAACUGGGGUCAUAGAGCAUGAGCACCCAGUGAAUAAGAUUUCUUUCAUCGCUCGCGAUGUGACAGACAGCAGGGCGUUCGGUUAUGUGUGUGGAGGGGAAGGCCAGCAUCAGUUUUUUGCCAUAAAAACUGGGCAGCAGGCUGAACCAUUAGUCGUUGAUCUUAAAGACCUUUUUCAAGUUAUCUAUAAUGUAAAGAAAAAGGAAGAGGAAAAGAAACAGGCAGAAGAAGCCAGCAAAGCAGUUGAGAAUGGAAGUGAGGCCCUAAUGACUCUUGAGGACCAAAAAAACAAACUGAAAUUGGGUGUUGACCAGAUGGAUUUGUUUGGGGACAUGUCUACACCUCCUGACCUAAAUAGUCCAACAGAAAGCAAAGAUAUCCUGUUAGUGGAUCUAAACUCUGAAAUCGACACCAAUCAAAAUUCUUUAAGAGAAAAUCCGUUCUUAACAAAUGGCAUCACCUCCUGCUCUCUUCCUCGACCAAAACCUCAGGCGUCCUUCUUGCCUGAAAAUGCCUUUUCUGCCAAUCUCAACUUCUUUCCCACACCUAAUCCUGAUCCUUUCCGUGAUGAUCCUUUUGCACAGCCAGACCAAUCGACACCCUCUGCGUUUGAUUCUCUCAAACCUCCAGAUCAGAAGAAAGAGAAUUUGUGUAGUUUGUCUACUCCACUGAGUAAUGGGCCCCAAAAUGGUGAUGUUGAUUACUUUGAUCAGCAAUUUGACCAGAUCUCUAACCGGACUGGCAAACAGGAAGUUCAGGCAGGCCCGUGGCCCUUUUCAAGCACGCAAAGCCAGCCAGCAAUGAGAACUCAAAACGGGGUAUCUGAAAGAGAACACAACGGCUUCCAUAUCAAAUCUUCCCCAAACCCUUUUGUGGGAAACCCUCCCGCAGGACUCUCUGUACCGAAUGGCACAAAGCAGGACUUGGAAAGCCCUGUCCAGUCCACACCACAUGACUCCAUAGCUAUUAUCCCACCUCCACAAAGUACCAAACCGGGAAGAGGCAGAAGGACUGCUAAGUCUUCGACAAAUGACUUGCUCGCGUCAGACAUCUUUGCUCCUCCCGUCUCAGAACCUCCAGGCCAGACGUCGCCCACAGGACAGUCUGCAGCCCCACAGACCAACCCCUUGGAUCUCUUCAAGACAAGUGUUCCUACCCCCAUCGGGCCUCUUGCGAGUCUAGGCGGUGUACCAGUGUCGCCCCCGCACGCGGGACCGUGGAGCCCACCGAUUGUCUUUAACCAGUCCACUCCCAUGGUCCCGGGAGCCACGGUGGUGGGUCAGCCCGCCGUGUUCAGCCAGCCAGUUGUUUUUGGUACUAGCCCAGCUGUGCAGUGUUGGAACCAUCCUGCACCCUUCGGAUCCUCAGCAUCCCCCCCACCCCCUGCCGCUUGGGGUUCUUCCGUGUCGGUGGUACCCAGCGCCUGGCCGGCAGCAAGCUCGCUGGGGAACCCUUUCCAGAGCAACGUGUUUCCUCCGCCGCCCGCUCAGCCCUCCGCUGUGCUGCCCUCGCUCGUGGUCGGUCCGCCCCAGCCGCCUCCCAGAACUGCCCCUCCGAAGGACAUCCCCAGCGACGCCUUCACUGCCUUGGACCCGCUCGGGGACACAGAAGUCAAGGAAGUGAAAGAAAUGUUUAAGGACUUCCAGUUGCGGCAGCCCCCUGCCGUGCCCUCGAGGAAGGGCGAGCAGCCUUGCUCCGGAGCGUCCAGCGCCUUCUCCAGUUAUUUCAACAGCAAAGUAGGCAUUCCCCAGGAGAGUGUGGACCACGAUGAUUUCGAUGCUAAUCAGCUAUUGAACAAGCUCAACAAUCUCCUUGAACCACCAAAGCCAGCUCCCAGACAAGGUGCCCAGUCAGUUACCAAACCUAGCAACAAAGCGUUUGAGAACCCUUUCUCUAAGGAUGCCUUCAGCUCCCCGCAGCCCUCCAUGGCUUCCCCUCAACCUGCGUCUUCUGAUGCGUACAGGGACGCUUUUGGAAAUCCUUUUGCCUAACUUCGAACUUGGAAGGCUGACUUUCCAGAGGAACGAAAAGGUUGGCCUUAGUAGUCAAGGACAAAGCUGAUAGCCAGACACGUCCUGACACUGCCCUUGUUCCAGCUUUAACGAAUUAUCUGUUGCCUUAUUUCUUGUUGCCUCUUCCCCUUGUAAAAUUCCUUUCACUUUCUGUCUAGGCUAAAGCUAAACGGAAUCUAUGGCUUUAAGUAAAUUGAGUCCCUAAACUCUUUAGUUCGAAUGUAAAUGACGUAGCCUUCCUGCCAAAUUCUUACCACCGUGUUCCUGUGCCCUCACACGCUGUACCUUCUGCCUUCUGGUUGGGCCAUGCUGAUGCCACCAUCAGAUACCAUUUUGAAUAAAUGGCCAAUUCCUUCCCCUUAAUUUGAGAAUUCUGUUUCAGAGCAAAAAACCUAAAAUUCCAGUAGAACAAUACAUCUUCUUAAAAGAACUUCCAACCAUCACUUACAGAAAAUUUUUUGAAUAAAAUGGAAGUCCAGCCUUUCCUCAGAUGCUUUGGAAUCUCAUCCACCUGAGGACAGUUUUAAAGCUAUUUCUCCCAGAUCAGCUUCUCUCCCAGCCAAGAGUGUCCUUUUGCUAACUCUCUAGUAUUACAAACGAGGGAGACACAUUAUCCAUUUCUUUGCCUUUUCCCUCUGAUUCUUUUUUCAAUCUGUUUCGUUCCUGGAUUCAGAUACCACCCCCUCCAGGUUUUUUUGUUUAUUUGAUUGUUUGGUUUUUAUUAUUGUUGUUACUGUUUUUACAAACAAUAGAUUUUCAUGGGGUUAAAAAAAAUAUCAAAUGAUUCACAGACCGGGAGCCAGUCUUUGUUGUAAGUAAAUGCUAGUCCCAGAGCUACUAGUAUAUGCCCUAUAACCUUCCAUGGACUAGGGGACCAUCCUCAAGCCGAAGUUCAGAGGAGCAGUGAAUGUGGAAGAAAACUUGAACUUCACUCGGUAAUGAAGGGCCAUGUUCUACCGAGGAGCACAUCACGAAGCUCAGUGGGACUGGUGCUUUGGUGGGGCUGUCAUGCCAGGCCUUUAUCAAGGAACUGGAAAACUUUUCUUGAGGCCAUGCUUUCAUACUUACUAGGAAGAUAAAUGGAAGGGGGAAAGGUAAUGAACAAGUAUUUGGUGUUAUCGUCAGACAUCUAAUGCCUGCAAUAUUUUUCUCCCAUAACCUUGGAAACUUUCCCAGGGCAUCUUUAGUCCUAUUGUUAGCCCGGUUCUGAAGGAUGUGUGCUUGCCAAAAUUAUUUUGUUUUAUGUGAGGUUUUUUAAAUGUUAUCUCUUGACCCUUAGUGCUCAGGUUCUUGUGGGUGUUAAUCAAUCACAUCCAACGUUACCUUUCCGAGGGAGAGACAGGAUGAUCGCUCAGGAUUUAUAAACAAGCUGGCCUUGGGAGCCUCUGCAGAUUAACUUCAAGUAGUCUGAGCUGAAGCCCUGUGGUUUUGCAUUUAAUGGUAAUAGCUGAUUAUAUAUGGCACAAUUUUUCCGUCUGGCUUCCUACGCUGUCAUAAACAGAGACUUGAAAUAGUACUUUAAAGGUCCACAGACCUGGAAGUGCUGAACUGGAGGUAUCUGUUUCUAGGGAGUUGACUUUUUGAAGCUGAUGAUCAGCCAUGCAGCUGUUUUGUACAUACUUACUUUCUCUUGCACUUUUCUGUAUGCAAAUGAAAGCUAUAAAUUUACUCAUUUCAAUAAACUGGAAUGG